UCCGAUAAUGUCAUAAUUCAUUUCCGGUUAAGUUCAUGCGUGUUUGUUUACGUUUUGGAAGAAGCAAAUUAUAAAAUGCAGAGGAUUGUAAAACCUAAGACACAGCUUGGAAAAAGAGCUUUGGAAAAGAAAGAGCCAAAAAUUGUUGAAAACACAAAGAACACACUAUUUUUCAAAGGGGGCAACACAAGUCAGACAGUCACCCGGGUGUUGAAAGAAUGGCACACCCUCAAGAAACCUCAUGCGACUAUGUUCAGCAAAAAAAAUGCAACAAGACCAUUUGAAGACCAAAGCUCAAUCGAAUUCUUCACAAACAAAGCUGACAGUUCCCUGUUUAUGUUUGGUAGCCAUUCUAAGAAGAGGCCUCACAAUAUUGUUAUAGGAAGAUUAUUUGACAAUCAGGUGUUAGAUAUGGUUGAGUUUGGAGUUGAAAAAUUUAUUUCAAUGGAUGAUAUAAAGGGUCAAAAGUCAGCUGCUGGUAUUAAACCCUGCCUUGUGUUUUCUGGAGAGUUUUUUGAGGAGAAUGAUGACAACAAAAGGGUUAAGAACUUGCUUAUUGAUUUUUUUCGAGGAGCAACAGUGGAGAAAAUUUCCUUGUCUGGUUUAGAACAUGUAAUAUGUAUAUCUGCAGUCCAUGGGAAAAUUUACAUACGUAGUUAUCGAGUACUGAUGAAAAAAUCUGGAUCUAAAACACCAAGGGUAGAACUUGAACCAAUGGGACCAUUUUUAGACUUAACACUGAGGAGAACUAGAUUAGCUUCAGAUGAUUUGUUUAAGAGAGCACUCAAAAAAGCUGCUCUAGCCAAGCCAAAGAAAAAGAAGAACAUUUCCCGUGAUGAACUUGGCAACAAAUUGGGACGCAUCCACAUGAACACUCAAAACUUCAGCAAACUCCAGGCCAGAAAACUGAAAGGACUUAAGAGGAGAGCGUCAGAGAAAAAACAAAAUGGUGAAAAAUCUGAAGGCGAAAAAUCAGAAGCCAAGAGACAGAAAGUGGAUACUCCACAAUCUUGAUGACAGUGAUGGUGUUGAGUGUAGAUGUUUGGUGGGCUGUAAAAUAUGAUGUAUGCAAUAAAGUAUAUGUUAAUACUAA